AUGGACUUGGGGUAUCGGAACCUCCUGGCACCGAAUGGGCCACACUUGAUCCCCCCGAGCGACUUUCGGUCCCCGCGACUGCCACGGCCACCUCCGAUCCUUGACGAGCUACACAGGACCCCCGAUUCGAGCGAGAUGGAGAAGGUCCCGCCUGUCACGGGGAAGCGCCGAGGCGGCUGUCGGAAAGCUUGCAAUGAGUGCAAGCAGCAGAAGUUACGAUGUGAUAUCGUUCAAACUCCGGCCGCGGCAUGCUCUCGCUGUCGUAGGCUAGGCAUUGACUGCAAGGUCGAGCCAUCUUUUAAGCGUAUCUCCAAAAGAAGACGAAAUGCCGAGAUGGAAAAGGAGAUUGCGGAUCUUCGCCGCCGUCUCUCGACCAAUCCAGAGUACCCUCAAUCGAGGGAGCCUCAUGAAGGCGAUGACAUGUCGCAAUGCUCGGACGAGGCCUUCUCCCGCCGAGACUCGACAGGCAUUGAUCGAUCCCGGCCGGUAUCAGUACCGGCCGAGUCGCAUCCGUCGAUGGCAACUCCAUUGACGAUGAAGAGGGACGGGUCGAUCAUGUCACAGGACGAAAAUACGCCGUGGAGGCUUGAGGAUAUCACCCUCUCCCGUGCGCGAGUCGCACGGCUCUUCGAGCAAUAUUUCAAUUACUAUCACCCCUUCCUCCCGCUACUGAAUCUGCCAAAGCCGCCUGAGGUCUAUCUGAGUCGAUGUCCCUUGCUGGCCUGGACGAUUGUCUGUGUGGCCUGUCGUCGGUCUCCCUCAGAUCCGGGCCUUCUGACAGCCCUUUCAGGACCAUUCAGUCGCCUCUUAUGGUCUACCAUUACCGGUGUUCCUCAAGAUUACCGAGUUGUCAAGGCCUUGUGCGUGUUGUGCACAUGGCCCCUACCGACCACAAGCCAACGGACCGAUGCAACUUUCAUGCUGAGCGGUCUGAUGAUGCAAAUCGCCAUGCAACUGGGUAUGCAUCGCCCUGUCCAAGCCGAAGAGUUCACGACUUUCCGGAUCGAGGCCCAAGGGGAAGCUUUGAAAGAUCGUCUCCAUACGUGGGUGAUUUGCAAUAUCGUGGCGCAGAACGUGGCAACUGGCUAUGGCCAGCCUCCUAGCACUAUCUACGAUUGGGCUCUCGAGCCUGCUUCGCUGAAAGAUGCCGACUACCAUCUUCCAGAGAACCUGGCUAUCCGGCUGCGGAUUGAAAAGUUCUGUGACCGAGUCACCAAGUCUUUGUAUAGCAGCAAGCCCGAGCCCGCCGAAUUCGUCAGUGCAGAGAAGCUCGUCAUCGUACAGAUCCUCGAAAGCGAAUUGAAAGAGAUGGAGCUUCAGUUUGGGCAAGAAAUAUCGGCAAUCAACAUGAUUCAUCUCCGUGCCGCGGAACUGCACCUCCGGUAUUUCGUAUUCCUAAGCUCCAAUCCCCGAAGCGACGACCUCACCAAGCUCUUCAUCGCAACCACCUCCUUCCUCGGCCGAGUCCUCGAUCUCGAAACCUCACCGGGCGAACUGAUCGGCCACUCGACCAAUUACAUUCUCCAAAUGAUCGUGUCAGCAGCCUUCGCGCUCAUGAAGCUCCUGAAGAGCAACUUCAGCCGACACAUCGACUUUAACCACGGCAAACUCCUCUUCAACGGGGCCAUCUCGGCCAUCCGACGAAUCAGCGUCAUGGAUCACGAUCGUCCCGUCCGACUCGCCGACAUCCUCUCUCAAAUGUGGAAUGCGACUGGACCCAUGGCUGCCGAAGAGGAUGGACUACAGCUGAAAGUGCGCUGCCGGAUGAGCAUGAGCCAUGUCUACGAUACGGUCUGGCGAUGGCGGCAACGGUUCCGACCGGGGAAGACUGUCGAAGAAAUUCAAGCGGCGGCGGCAGCGGCGGCGGCGGCAAAUCAACCCAUAUCGACUGUCAAUGGGCUCCCCGUCCCUGAUAACUCAUUGGAUAACCCGGGACUGAUGAUUCCUACCCAGUUCGACGAGAGCGGGGCCUUCUUCAGUGAGGCUGGCUUCUCCGAGGUGUUUGAUUCAUUGAAUUGGGUUUUUGAGGGGAUUCCGGACUCGUCGUUUGCGCCGGUAGUACUAUAG